GGGAGCUCGGCAUUCUAGCCCCGCCCCUCAGGCGGCUUGGCCAAUCCCCCGCGGCGGCGCAGGACGUCGCCCGGGAUCUGUCCUAGAGACCACGUGGUCCCAGGAGGCGCCACUGCCUGCCAUGGGCGUGCAGCCCCCCAACUUCUCGUGGGUGCUGCCCAGCCGGCUGGCGGGGCUGGCGCUGCCCCGGCUCCCCGCCCACUACCAGUUCCUGCUGGACCAAGGUGUACGGCAUCUGGUGUCCCUGACGGAGCGCGGGCCCCCGCACAGCGACAGCUGUCCCGGCCUCACCCUGCACCGGCUGCGCAUCCCAGACUUCUGCCCGCCGGGCCCAGAGCAGAUCGACCGCUUCGUGAAGAUCGUCGACGAGGCCAACGCCAGGGGAGAGUGGUCAAUCUGUCCAAUACAGAGGAGCCAAACAGACCAGAUGGCAUAUUCUCCUGGAAAUAAAGGGCAUGCUCUGUGCCAAGGAGUGGCAGUGCCAGGGACACCAAAGACAGCUCCCGCCACAGGAACAUGCAGGAUCCUCAGACGCGUGGAGGCUGCUACAAACGCCAGACCACCCUGGGUCCCAGGGCUGUCCUGGCGGGCACUCGCCAGCUGGAAACCCAGAGAAGAAUAAACCUUGGAGAGUAACAUGCCGAGUUCACCUGAAAAUCCAGCCUCUUCACUUUUAUAUGUAUAUUCGAGGCAAAGUCUGCAUGUGGGUCACCUAGAAACAUGUUUGAGGCUAUUCAUUUAUUCAUUAACUCAGUACAAAUUUAUUGAGUACUUUCCAUGUGCCAGGCACACUUGUAGGGGCUCAAAGAAAGCAUGAACAAAACACAAACAUCUUCACCCUCCUGAAGUGUGCACGCAGCAUUGUUUAAACACGCAAAAGCUGAAAACAAUAUAAAAAAUACAUUGUUAGGAGACUAGAUAAACACCAAACAAGCUAGAUAUACAGGAAUCAGCAUAGAUUUAUCUGAGAAACAAUGUGUGCAUAGGAAAUAAAACUGCAGGAGUAUUAGGUACAGAAUACCACUCGUGUAUGUAAAAAAUAAAUAAUACUAUACAUUGUUUAUGGAUACGUACAUAUGUUAUGCAAAUUUAUGGUUUGGAUAUCCGCCAAACUCAGAAUCUUAACUGCCUCCGGAAGGCAGGGGGGGUGAAAGAAUAGGAGAAUUCCAAGUGUAACUGGAAUGUUUUGUUUCUUCAAAAGAAAACAUCUGAAGCAAACAUACAGGUUAAAAUGUUAGCGCUGUAUAUUUUGGAUAUUAAGCAUACAGAUGUUUCUUUUAGGAACCUAGGUGCUUGUUUGGUUUUAGUUCAAGACGGAGAAGUUUUUGUUUCGUACUGCUUUCAAAUUUUAGAAAAGAUUCGGAAGAGAGGAGGAUUAAGAUCACAUCUCCCAGCGACCCAGAGGCUGGAGCUUGCUCUAAACGCGUCUCUGGGGUACCAUCUUCAACAAUGACUGCUGGCCCAGCGGACCACAAACUAUUAAUAGCGGCGAGAAAAGCGGAGUCCACAACAGCUGUGGCGCGGCCGCCACGAGUUACAGGGAGCCGCACGGCGCCCCCUGGAGGCCUGAGCGAGCUCGGCAGCGCGGUAGUGAGAAUGAGCUCGGAACGUCCCCGCCGCGGUGGGAGAGGAAACUCUUCAACCGCUUUGAAGAGCAAUCCGGCAGUAUCUAGUAAAGUUGCAGAGAUUACUCAGAAAUUCCGAUUUUAAGGUUUUACCUUAGAGAAACGCUCAAGUAUGUGAACAAGGAGAUGUGUUCGGAUGUUCUUUGCAGCCUUGUUUAUAAUGGCCAAAAAUUGAAAAUGGCACCUAAUUGAUCAUUAGGAGAAGAAAUCAAGUUAGACAUAUGUAUCCAAUGAAAUACUAUGCCUUCGCAGAAACGACAGCCAGAACCACCUGUUUCAGUAUGGAUCCCUCUCAGAAACCAUGCUGAAGAACUGGGUGAGUUGCAGAAUCUUCCCACAAUAAAACCCU